CUUAGUUAAAGCAUCGUGCAAUUCACGUAAAAUUAUAAUUGUUUCAUCAGUGAUCAAUUGAUGAGACUUAGUAUAUAAAAGUAUUUUUAAUAAGUGUAAUAUUAAUUAUGUCUUCAGAUACUUCUUAUUCAGAUCUGGAUUCGCACGAGAAUAGUCCUAUUGCAAAAUUCAAAGAUCAAGCCGCCUUUGGAUACGGCACAAGCAUUCCACCCAACAACAAUGAAUCAAUUUCUACGGAUACAUCCAGUAAAAGAGUAAUUUUUUGUGUGCAUGGAAAAUUAUCUGGAUGUUGUACAGUUAUUAAAAAUACUGAUAAUGAAGUUUCUGUAGGCAAUUACCCAAGUCGUUCUCAGGAGUAUUUUUCAGCUGAAGAUCAUUGUCAUAGAGAAAGAGAUGAAGCUAUUGACAAGAAAGCUAGACGGAAAUUAAUAAUUGCAUGUGUAUUAUGUGUUAUAUUUAUGAUUACUGAGAUAGUUGGUGGAAUAUUAUCAAACAGUUUGGCAAUAGCAACGGAUGCAGCUCAUUUACUUACAGACUUUGCAUCAUUUUUAAUAUCACUGCUUUCGCUAUGGAUCGCGAGUCGACCUGCAACGAGAAAAAUGCCAUUUGGCUGGUACAGAGCCGAGAUUAUUGGAGCGCUUACUUCGGUUUUGCUGAUAUGGGUAGUAACUGGAAUACUUUUUUACCUCGCUGUUGAAAGAAUAGUCAACAAAGACUUUGAAUUGGAUGCUGAAAUGAUGCUGAUCACUUCUGUCAUUGGCGUUGCGGUAAAUCUUGUAAUGGGGUUGACACUACAUCAACAUGGCCACGGUCAUGGACAUGAGCACGGACAUGGUCACAACCAUGAAAAAGAUCAGAAUAUUAAUGUCAGAGCUGCUUAUAUUCAUGUUAUUGGCGAUUUUAUUCAGAGUACUGGCGUUUUUGUUGCUGCCUUGAUUAUUUAUUUCAAGCCAACCUGGAGUAUUGUUGAUCCCAUUUGUACAUUUUUAUUCUCCGUGCUUGUAUUGUUUACAACAAUAGCUAUUAUCAAAGAUGUAAUGAAUGUUUUAAUGGAAGGAAUACCCAAAGGUUUUGAGUAUUCAGAAGUUGAAAAUAUUUUCAUGCAGAUUGAAGGCGUCGUAAAAGUUCACAAUCUCAGAAUUUGGGCUUUGUCACUCGAUAAAACCGCACUCUCAGCUCAUCUUGCCAUUAAUCCUGGUGCCAGUCCACAACAUAUCCUUCGUACAGCGACGAGGAAUAUUCACGAUCGGUAUAAUUUCUUUGAAAUGACAUUACAAAUCGAAGAAUUCAAUGAAAAAAUGGAAAAUUGUAAGCAAUGUAAAUCUUUACAAUAAUAUUAUAAUUUAAAGAUAAAUUAAAUAGCUAUUGUGAAUUUAUGUUUUUUUUUAAUGAAGUGCGUAAGUAAAUAAAUAAAUAUAUGUGAUGAUAAUGAUAUUUAAUCUUAAGUCUAGAUUCAAAUGAUCAAGGUUGUUUGCUCAAUACAAUACCCAAUUUUUAGUUGGGUAGUAUUAUUAUUGUAAUAUUUAUGUUUAUAUAAAUCAAUUUUUUUUUCUUACAUAAUUAUGUUUAAAUCAACAACGUAAAAAUUAAAUACGCUGUGUUAAAAAUAAUUAAUCACUUAAUUAUUUAACCAUACUUACUGUAAUACAAUUGGUGUAAAACAGUAAAUGGGCAGUAUUUUUGGCUUUAUUAAAUAUAAUUAUUGAAAUCAA